AUGUAUGAUCAAAUCACACUCAACGCCAUGUUUCACGCAGUUCCGGCAUGCGGGACGGCCUUCGUCGCACUGCCAGCGCAGCCUGGUUCUGAAGAUUCGGGUCCCUUCGCAUUCUUCGCAUAUGGCUUCAGCACCGCUGUAGGAAAACGACUCGCUUCGAAAAUUUUCUUGCCCCGCAAAUACCCGAAUGAGCGGGGCGAUUACCUGACUCGCCUAGAACGACGUUUGCCCACCAACCCCUCCCGCUUCAAGUCGCAACCACAGGCACUCGCCACAAAACUACAUGCUCAGCUUGAUAUACGCGAUUCCACUACCGAAUACGAUACAGACUUCUAUGUAGAAAAGUAUCUUCUCACAUCUUUGGGUUUCCUGCGUGAUAUGAUCUUUGAUAUCAUCCCAAUGAGGCCGCAGGUUGCCUCCAGCUUCUCUACGUGA